UAAAGAGUGAGAAAACAAAAGUACAUCCAGUUGCCCACCGUGGCUCCAACCUUUCCAAUAGUCCCGCGCUCGGCGAGCAACUGUAAUUAGGGCUUUCUUCGCUGAUAAAUUUAUCGAUAUUUUACCUAGCUGAUUUCCAAUUAUUUGGUUUGUCAUUCGAAAUCUGCAUUUGAUUGAUGAUUACGAUUAUCAUGGAAGAAGAAGAAGACGCGAUUUUGCUCAAUAGUUUGGGCGUUACCUCUGCAAAUCCGGAAGACAUUGAAAGAAACAUUUUAGAGAAGGCUACAAAUGUUGCUGGAAGCAGUUCUUAUGCUGGAAGCAGAACAGAAGAAGUUUGCUCUGAUUGCGUGGAAACUCAUCCAGCAUCUUCCAGCCAAGUGGAACUGUUGAAUAAGUUGAGGGCUAUAGAGUAUGAAAUAGAUGCUGUGGCUUCUGCUGUUGAGCAAACAAAAAGCAGGGGAAAGGAUGAAGAGCAUGACACUGAGAAACAUGGUGGGAAGGAUGAGGAUGACAAGGUAAUUGAGAGGGGGAUGCCUAAUGACUCCACUCUUCAACAUGCUUUGGCUGCUGAUCGUUUAAGAAGCCUGAAAAAGACAAGGGCGGAUCUCUGUAAAGAGCUUUCAAAUAUAUGUCAAGAUGGCAAGGAUGAAAGGGUUGAGGAGAAGCUGUUGAAAUAUUUGGUCAGGGAAAAGGCUAAAUCGAAACGAAAGUUGAAAGAGGUACAGGACGUGAGCAAAGGGCCCAAAAAGAAAAAGAAGGUAGUCUCGUACCGUGAGGAUGAUGAUUUUGAUGCUGUGCUAAAUUCUGCUUCUGCAGGAUUUGUUGAAACGGAAAGGGAUGAGCAAGUGCGGAAAGGUCUAUUGACACCUUUUCACAGGCUGAAGGGGUUUGAACGCCGUAUACAGCAACCAGGGCCAUCAAGGAUACAGGAGAAUUUGAAUGAUGCAGCUAAUCGUGCUGCUGAAAGUGUUGCCAAAAUGGCACGGUCUCUAACAGAGGCUGCACAAGCUCGUCCAACAAUUAAGUUGCUGGAGCCUAAAGACUUGCCGAGACUCGAUGCACCAACACAUGCUUUUAAUAGAUUAACAACACCUUUUAAGAUACCUAAACAUUUAGACAGUGAUGGAGAGAAGAGUACUGAUGCUAAAGGGAAAAAGAGGAGACCUUUGCCUGGUAAGAGAUGGCGAAAACGCAUUGCUAAAGAGGAGAUCGCUACAGAGGAAUCUGAAUCACAGGAUGAUUCAUUGACAGAAACUCUGGAUGCGGAGGCUGGAGAUGGUGAAGAGCUGCCUUCUGUUACUCUUGAAGGUGGAUUAAAAAUCCCUGAAAGCAUAUUUAACAACCUGUUUGAUUAUCAAAAAGUUGGGGUCCAAUGGCUGUGGGAGCUGCAUUGCCAGAGAGCCGGAGGAAUUAUUGGGGACGAGAUGGGUCUUGGAAAGACUAUUCAGGUUCUUGCAUUUCUUGGAUCAUUGCAUUUUAGUAACAUGUACAAACCGAGCAUAGUUGUUUGCCCUGUCACGCUAUUGAGGCAGUGGAAAAGGGAAGCUCGAAAAUGGUAUCCUAGCUUUCGUGUUGAAAUCCUUCAUGAUUCUGCAGUUGUUGGUGUGCGAAAAAAGAAGCAAUCAGAAUCUGAUGAAAGUGAUUUUGAAAGUGAAGGGUCUUUUGAAAGUGAGCAUGAAAGAGUUCUUCCUUCAAGAAGUGCAAAGAAGUGGGAUGCACUAAUAAAACGAGUUUCAACAUCAGACUCUGGAUUGCUUAUCACAACGUAUGAGCAACUUCGUAUACUUGGGGAAAAAUUACUGGAUUUUGAAUGGGGUUAUGCAGUACUUGAUGAAGGUCACCGUAUCAGGAACCCAAAUGCGGAAGUUACUAUAGUGUGCAAGCAGCUGCAGACAGUUCAUCGUAUCAUAAUGACGGGUGCACCAAUUCAGAAUAAGUUAUCUGAAUUGUGGUCUUUGUUUGAUUUUGUAUUCCCUGGAAAAUUAGGUGUCCUGCCAGUAUUUGAGGCAGAGUUUGCUGUGCCUAUACAGGUUGGCGGUUAUGCCAAUGCUUCUCCAUUACAAGUCUCGACAGCUUAUAGGUGCGCUGUUGUCUUGCGAGAUUUAAUCAUGCCUUACUUAUUGCGUCGUAUGAAGGCUGAUGUGAAUGCUCAACUUCCAAAGAAGACUGAACAUGUCCUAUUUUGCAGUCUAACUCCUGAGCAGCGAUCUGUUUAUAGAGCUUUUCUUGCCAGCUCUGAAGUGGAACAAAUUUUUGAUGGGAAUAGGAAUUCUCUAUAUGGUAUUGAUGUUAUGCGUAAGAUAUGUAACCAUCCUGAUCUACUUGAGAGAGAGCACUCUUUACAUGAUCCAGAUUAUGGGAAUCCCGAACGAAGUGGGAAAAUGAAAGUAAUUAUUCAAGUACUUAAGAUGUGGAAGGAGCAGGGUCAUCGUGUUCUCCUUUUCACACAAACACAACAGAUGCUCGAUAUUCUCGAAAGCUUUCUGAUUGCUAAUGAGUAUAGCUACAGGAGAAUGGAUGGUCAUACAGCAGUAAAACAAAGAAUGGCUUUGAUAGAUGAAUUUAACAAUUCUGAUGAUGUAUUUAUCUUCAUACUAACUACCAAGGUUGGUGGUUUAGGGACUAAUUUGACGGGGGCAAACAGGGUAAUCAUAUUUGACCCGGAUUGGAACCCAUCCACAGAUAUGCAGGCCAGAGAACGUGCUUGGCGUAUUGGUCAGAAACGGGAUGUGACUGUUUUCAGAUUAAUAACUCGUGGGACUAUAGAAGAGAAAGUGUACCAUAGGCAGAUUUACAAACACUUUUUGACUAAUAAGAUAUUGAAAAACCCACAGCAGCGAAGGUUCUUUAAAUCCAGAGAUUUGAAGGAUCUUUUUACUUUAACUGAUGAAGAACAUGCUGGAUCAACUGAGACUUCAAAUAUUUUUGGUCAAUUGUCAGAGCAAGUGAAUGUUAUUGGCACUGAAACAGAUGAACAGAGGUCUAGAGCAGCUUCUGGAAGUGCGAACAAUGGGGUUUUGAAUGGAGAAAAUGGUUUGCAGCAGGAUUUUUCUGGUAAUGAAGGGAACGAAGUUGAAAAUGGUGGAAAAGCUGACGAGGAAGCAAAUUUUUUAAAGUCUCUUUUCAACGCACAAGGGAUACAUAGUGCUGUAAACCAUGAUGCGAUCAUGGAUGCCCAUGAUGAGGACAAAAUAAGGCUUGAGGAAGAGGCUUCUCGAGUCGCACAGAGAGCAGCAGAAGCACUCCGUCAGUCAAGAGUGUUGAGAAGCAGAGAGAGCAUUUCCGUUCCAACAUGGACAGGAAAAUCUGGAGCAGCUGGUGCACCUUCUUCUGUGUCCCGAAAAUUUGGCUCAACAGUGAGUUCUCAGUUGGUAAGCAGCUCCAGGUCAGAACACGAGGUACCAAGAAAUGGUAUAAAUGGCUUUGCAGCAGGAGCUGCUUCUGGUAAAGCAUUGUCAUCAGCCGAGUUAUUGGCCAAAAUUCGAGGGAACCAGGCAACUGCAGUUGGUGAUGGUCUUGAACACCAGUUUGGUUUGUCUUCCAGCUCUUCCCACAGGGCAAGUUCCAGGGAUGCCGGGCCUUCCCGAAUAUCUCAGAAUCUCAAUGGAGUGCAGCCUGAAGUACUAAUCCGGAAUAUCUGCACGUUCAUCCAAAAUCGAGGUGGGAGAACCAGUUCAGCAAUUAUUGUAGAGCAUUUCAAAGAUAGAAUACCUUCAAAAGACUUGCCCUUGUUCAAAAACCUUUUGAAAGAAAUUGCUACGUUAGAGAAGCAUCUGAAUGGCUCAAUGUGGGUUCUAAAGCCGGAAUAUUUGAGUUCUCGUUCUUGAGGCGCAGUUUUUCAUCUUUAUCAAGAUAUACACAAGUUUUGAGCUUGGAAAUUAUUUUGUCUAAACAAAUUUCGGAGAACUAACAUUAGUUUUGGCUAUGAGAUGAAGAGGCAGUGCUCUUUGAGCUAUAAAUUUUUUGAUUGUAAAUAAUAUUUGUAAAUAGUAAGUAUUAUCAAAUAGAAUCAAACAAAUAUUUUAGAAUUGUGAA